AUGUCUCGAUUUUAUCCAUUAGACUUUCGUCUGAUGGCUAUGUCUCAGUUUCAGAUCUUGACAUUGUUGUGUCAAACAGCGGCAUCGACUAUUAAUAGUGCUCUAAAUCAAUUUCUGGCACAAAAAAUGGUCACUAGUCAAGCUGUAUCACGUGAAGUAUUCGAAGCUCAAGUUGUAGCACUUGUCGAACAAAUGCAAACCACAACAGUAGCAAAUGUGAAAUACAUCGAUCAGCUGGUGUCCCUAGUUAUUUUCAACAGUGGAAUUAUGUCAGCUUUGAAUAACAAUUAUUACAUUAUCCAAAAUCCAUUACAGCCGGGUGUCUACAUUCAACACGGAAAUUACCCAGUUGGGAAUUAUAUUAUCAGCGACUCCUCGAAUCUGAAUUAUAACUAUUGCGAUUGUAAGCUCAUGUCGAACUGCACUUUUCAAGCUGGUUAUUACAACUACUCUAUUGGUCCUUCACAUGGUGUGGCCGGCAUAUAUAAGCCCACGCCACCACCAAUCUUAAUUGUGCCAGGUAUGUUGGUUGGAUGUCUGCCUCGUGAUUCAAUGCUUCAGUCGACACUUGAGUGUUUUUACAAUCGUUCAUGCCUCAAUCUCAUUGGUAUAUCACAAGCGAUCAUACCACUCAAUGCGGGUGCUUCAUCUCGCUUUCGAGUCAAUACAAUCGUAAAUACUUUGUUCGAACAGCUUUUUGUUGAAACAUGGCAAAAUUCGAGUAAUUUCACCAGUUACUACAAUGCAUGCUAUCCGGAAGCAUGCUCUUACACCUAUACACAACCUGGUAAUUUUCUUUAUGCAAUCACAAUGCUGCUCAGCCUCAUCGGAGGUCUCACAACAGUACUCGGUAUUGUCGUUCCUCUCCUCGUAAAAUUCUUUCGUCGUCUACUAGUUAAAUGCCGAGGUGAUGCAGUUCCUACAAUAGAAAAUGAUCUUGCAGGUAGGCGAUUUUUUUACUUUUCCUGA